CUUGUUGCGCCUAAAUGAGAAAAGAAAAAAAAAAAAAAAGGGGUGAAGAAAAUGUAAUACAAAGUGAGUUUGGCAACUGGGAUUGACUUGACUUGCAAACUCUGCCACCCUAUAUUGCUACAUUUGUCGGCGGGGGUUCGUUGAUCAGUUGAAAUCAAAAUGAGCUCCCAAUCCCUCAAGUCAAUCAGAUCAGUCUCCGUCGCCGGCCGUUCAUCUACAGUCAUGGCUUCCUCCUCCUUCAUCUCCACCCUUUUACUCAUCCUCCUAAUUGCCCAAACUUCUCUUGCAGAGAUUCGUCACACCGAGAUCCGAUCCGAUUCCCGAGCAACCAUCCCCUUCGAUGAAUUCGGGUUCACCCACUCCGGCCGUCUCAACCUCACCGUCACCAACCUCUCCUUCUCCAAAACCCCGCCGGACUUCUCCCUACUGGGCUUCUACCUCUGCACUCGUGACUCCUGGGCCCGAGUCCUCGAGCAAAUCCAAGACGGCGACAUCCAGUGUCCUCUCCAGUCCGAACACAUCAAGCCCGUUUACAAGUUCACCGAACUCCAGCAACCCGACAAUAACGAUCGGGCCAAAACCCGGAGCUUCGAUACAUCCGUCAAAGUGUCGGACCCCAACCUCUUCACGCUUCUCUUCUCCAAUUGCGUGCCCGACUUAGAGGUCUCCAUGGAUGUCCAGUCCGUGAUGUACAACUACAAUCCCAAAACUGGUCAGCUUUAUUACUUAUCCGCCGGAAAAGCUUCUUUGCCCACCAUUUAUUUCUUGUUUUUCUUAGUAUAUCUAGUGUUGGGGGCUGUUUGGAUUUACACCCUCUACGCCAACCGUUUGACUGUUUACCGGAUUCAUUUCUUCAUGCUCACUGUCGUGAUUUUGAAAGCUUUGAACUUAAUCUGUGAAUCCGAGGAUAAAUCUUACAUUGAGAGGACUGGGACUGCCCAUGGCUGGGAUGUUGUGUUCUAUGUCUUUAGCUUCUUGAAGGGUAUAACUUUGUUCACAUUGAUUGUUCUGAUUGGGACUGGAUGGUCAUUUUUGAAACCCUAUUUGCAAGACAAAGAGAAGAAGGUUUUGAUGAUUGUGAUCCCGUUGCAAGUUGUGGCCAAUGUUGCUCAGGUCGUUAUAGACGAGUCUGGCCCCUUUGGCGAAUUUUAUGAUACUUGGAAGAAAGUUUUCUUGCUGGUUGAUAUAGUAUGUUGUUGUGCGGUGCUGUUCCCCAUUGUUUGGUCCAUUAAAAAUCUGCGUGAGGCGGCCAAAACUGAUGGGAAGGCCGCCGUGAACUUGAUGAAGUUGACUUUGUUUAGGCAGUACUACAUUAUUGUCAUUUCCUAUAUAUAUUUCACUAGGGUUGUGGUUUACGCUUUGGAAACUAUUACUUCUUACAAGUUUCAGUGGACCGGUCCGGUGGCUGCCGAGUUGGCAACAUUGGCAUUCUAUGUGUUUACAGGGUAUACUUUUAGGCCUAAGGUGCACAACCCUUAUUUUGCUAUUGAUGAUGAGGAGGAAGAAGCCGCUGCCGAGGCUCUGAAGCUUGAAGAUGAGUUUGAGUUGUGAUCCAUGAUUGACUAUAUAUAUGCAAGCUGGGAUGCCCUUUUUAAAGGAUAAUGACAGAAACUUCUGUUGUUCUCCAUGGUCAAUAUGUAGGAGUCUUUUUGUUCAUUACAUACAACCGGAUUACUUUUGGUUUCACAUCUUGUCUUGCUUGUCUAAAUACUAGGUAUGCCUCACACGAAUACACUGUGGCCUUUGAGGUCCGAUGCUGUCAUGUGUUUCCAUAGUGAAUUGUUUACAUUGGAUGAUGAUAGGCUGUUAUUAAAAGUAAUAUAUGGUCAUUACUCGAAUUUGUGCUGUAGGAAUCUGGUGUGGACAAUAAUUGUGAAAGAAAUGAGCAGUUUAAAUUUCAUGUUUGCUGAUGAAAGUCUUUGUUAAGUUUGUGUGGUCUUAAACAAUCAAUGCAUGCGUGCUCUGUCAUUUCCAUAUUUAGAGAGAGAUUCGCUUCUCAUUGUUUUUCAAGUUUACAGUUUCCAUUUCAGAGGUAGGGUUUUGAACGGUUGAAGUUGGGUGUCUUGAUGCAUUCUCGUGGUGUAUGUACAAGAAGGAACGAUUCGGGAUAAAAUAUGCUUCUUAGUCCUACCAUUUCUGUCUUUGUUGAAGAACUGGUAAUGCAUAUUGCUUCGUGAGCCCUCCUCUGUUUUUGUGUGAGGAAGAUGCCCUAGGGGAACUCUACCGCCUUUUUCAGGCCCAGACAUGAGCAGCUCGAUCUCAUAUUGUCAUUCCGUGGCAGCAUCGUGCCAUCGAAGAUCCUACUCGAGCACUCCGCCCAAACCAGAUUCUCCAAUCUCCAUAAAGAGACCCUUGUGUAUGUUCUUAUCAAUGUCUUCCAAAACCUAACAAAUUUGCUAGAGUUUUCGAAAAGAAAAUUAUGUUGCAUCUUUAAAAACUGUAGUAUCAAAGUGGUUUUUUCCCUCCUCCUUGUUCCCUUUCUUUUCUUUUUUAUUUUAAGAAAGUUCAAAACGCACUUUUAGUCCUCCAGGUUUGAAAGGUAGCGAGCUUGAGUCACCAUUUAUUUUUAAUUGACAAAAAUAAUUUUUUAAAAUAUUUUUCUCAUCAAUUUUAGUCAAUUUAACCGAAUUUUUUCAAAGAAUAAUUUUUUAAAAUAUUUUUCUCAUCAAUUUUAGUCAAUUUAACCGAAUUUUUUCAAA